GAGAUGACGUCACCGACCCGGUGCUCCGGUGGUUAGUCGCGCGCGAAGCGGGAAAGCAGUGGGAGGGGGUGAGCUGUUCUCUAACCGGAAGAAAGUGUGUGAGAAAGAAAAAGCGCCGAAAAUCAACCCAGAAACUCCUCCUGAAUCAAUCCUGAGCCAUCCGCAGGAAUCAUGGCCGAUCCCAAGGACACACAAGACGAGCACGAGACCUCCACGGAUAACGUAGACGAUGCGAACCACGACCCGCACUUCGAGCCCAUCGUGUCGCUGCCCGAGCGCGAGGUCAAAACUCUGGAGGAGGACGAGGAGGAGCUCUUCAAAAUGAGGGCGAAGCUGUACCGCUUUGCGAGUGAGAACGACCCGCCGGAGUGGAAGGAGCGCGGUACGGGGGACGUAAAGCUGCUGCGCCACAAAGAGAAAGGCUCCAUCCGCCUGCUGAUGAGGAGAGACCGCACGCUCAAAAUCUGCGCCAACCACCACAUCAUGCCGCUGAUGGAGCUGAAGCCGAACGCGGGCAGUGACAGGGCCUGGGUGUGGAACACACACGCUGACUUUGCAGAUGAAGAACCAAAACCAGAGCUACUGGCCAUCCGCUUCCUCAACGCAGAGAAUGCACAGAAGUUCAAGGUGAAGUUUGAUGAAUGCAAAGAGGAAGUCCGAAAAUCACUCGAAGAAGGUGGAAACAAAGCCAACAACGUGGCGGAGAAACUGGAGGAGCUGUCAAUCAAGGACAAGAAGACGAAGGAGGAGAAGAAAGAGGAAAUGAAGGAGAAAACGGAGGAGGAGAAGAAGAAGGAGGACGAGGAGAAAUGAGCGUCGUUUUUCUUCUUCUCCGCCCCCCUCCCUCGCAGCACUUCUUCUCUUUUCUACAACAGACUCUGAACACGACAUUCGGACACUUUAGUCUCUUUAUUUUGGGUUCAAAGCUCUUUGUUUUUGUUUAUUUUUUUUUUAAUUUGUCCAUCAGAGACCUCGGCGUCAUUCUUAAUCCAUUCCUCUCUCUCACACACACUCAGACACACACUCACACACUCAGACAUACACACACACACACACACACACACACCUACACACACUCAGACACCUACACACUCUCUCUUGCACUCGUCUGCUUGUGUACGGAUCACCUGAUCGCCCUGACAGGGGGCGGGGCUCGGCUCUGUCCCGCGUCAGCUCGUGUGUGUUUGUUUUUUUCCUGUACUGGAUGCAGAGCGAGCAGGAAGUGAGUUCGUUCGACAGAAUGCUGGGGUUCCGAGGGAGAACCCGGGAGGCGAGGGUUCCUGCCUGAGUGGAGGAUCUGGAGAGAUCAGUGAAGUACCCCGAGGCCUGGCGCUGCUCUGUCUGAUUAUAAAAAAUGGAGGAAAUAAAGAAAAAUUCACUCUA